GCGCACUCUCGGGAUGGAGGGCGAGCGCCGGGCAUCGCAGGCGCGCUCUUCUGGCCUCCCGGCCGGGGGCGCCGACGGGGAGAGCCCCGGGGGCGGCACCCCCUUCCCGGGCAGCAGCGGCUCUUCCGCCUUGCUACAGGCGGAGGUGCUGGAUCUGGACGAAGACGAGGACGACCUGGAGGUGUUCAGCAAGGUGAGGGCGGCGGCGGCGAGUCCGGGGAAACUUCCAACGCAACUCUGGGAGUUGCCAGCGUUGCGCUGACGGCUGUCUCUGGCGCGCUCGCCUUCUCGAGGCGGCGGCUCUGAGCUGGGGACGGGUGAGGUCCCCCGGGCUACUGGACCCCGCCUGCCAGGUCUGGCCUCAUCCGGGGCCGCGUCGCCUCGGGGCCUCGAACCGCAGCCACUCCCUCCUCCGCACUUUGACCUAUUGUUUGGCGGGGCUGUGGCUUCUUGGAGUCUGCAAAGUUGUGAUUUCUCUUUCUGCUUCUCUGCCGCGGAUCUCUCCUCGCUGCCGCUCCCGAACCUGGGAGACGGGUGGCUCGAAACCGCCCCCGCCCCUGCUUAGCUGCUUUUCGGGCGAGACCAGCCCUGAACUCUGGGAGAGAGAUUAGCCAAGUUUAGAGAAAUUAUUCUUGAUUUCGUGUUGUUGGUUGUGGAUUCGAGACUUGGAUGACACCCGAGGCGAGUCUCAGGUCCUGUGGGAAUAGGUUCGAGGAAAUCUCCCUGAACAGGAGAAAACGGUUGUUUAUAACAGGAAGCUUCUCCGCUGAGGAGGAUGCCUCACUGAUGGAUAUGAACUCCUUCAGCCCUAUGAUGCCAACAUCCCCUUUAUCAAUGAUAAACCAAAUCAAGUUUGAGGAUGAACCAGAUUUAAAGGAUCUCUUCAUCACAGUUGAUGAACCUGAAAGUCACGUCACUACAAUAGAAACUUUUGUUACGUAUAGGAUUAUUACUAAGACAUCUCGUGGGGAAUUUGACUCCAGUGAAUUUGAAGUUAGGAGACGGUAUCAAGAUUUCCUUUGGUUGAAGGGAAAACUGGAAGAAGCACACCCCACUCUGAUUAUUCCACCAUUGCCAGAAAAGUUUAUGGUAAAAGGAAUGGUGGAACGCUUUAAUGAUGACUUCAUUGAGACACGCAGGAAAGCUUUACAUAAAUUUUUGAACCGAAUUGCUGAUCAUCCAACUUUAACCUUUAAUGAAGACUUCAAAAUUUUUCUCACUGCACAAGCUUGGGAACUCUCUUCUCACAAGAAGCAAGGUCCUGGAUUGCUAAGCAGGAUGGGACAAACAGUCAGAGCUGUUGCAUCCUCAAUGAGAGGAGUUAAAAACCGCCCAGAGGAGUUCAUGCAAAUGAAUAACUUUAUUGAACUAUUUAGCCAGAAAAUAAAUUUGAUAGAUAAAAUAUCUCAGAGAAUUUAUAAGGAAGAAAGGGAAUAUUUUGAUGAAAUGAAAGAAUAUGGUCCAGUUCAUAUUCUGUGGUCAGCAUCAGAAGAGGAUCUGGUUGAUAUUCUAAAAGAUGUUGCCAGCUGCAUUGACAGAUGCUGUAAGGCCACUGAAAAGCGGAUGUCUGGACUCGCAGAGGCCCUGCUUCCUGUUGUACAUGAGUACGUGCUUUAUAGUGAAAUGUUAAUGGGUGUUAUGAAAAGAAGAGACCAAAUACAAGCAGAACUGGAUUCCAAAGUUGAAGCUUUGACCUACAAAAAGGCAGAUGCUGAUCUGCUUCCAGAGGAGAUUGGAAAACUUGAAGAUAAAGUGGAAUGCGCUAAUAAUGCCCUGAAAGCAGAUUGGGAAAGAUGGAAACAAAAUAUGCAAAAUGAUAUCAAGUUAGCAUUUACUGAUAUGGCUGAGGAGAAUAUCCACUACUAUGAACAGUGCCUUGCUACGUGGGAAUCAUUCCUUACAUCACAGACCAACCUCCACUUGGAAGAAGCCUCUGAAGAUAAACCUUAAUCCCAUUCAGGACUUCUGUUUGAUCUUUGGGAAACAGCAUUUAUUAACCAAAGUACUCUUUCUGGAUCUGCCGUGUCCCUUAUCAAGUGGAUGAAAAAUGCUUUGUACCAUCUGGAAAACCAACAACUUGAAACCUCAGAUAUUCCAGGUCACUGAAAUGAAUUUGAAGACAUAUCUAUCUGCAUGGGUAUAUAUCUAUAUGUAUAUAGAUAUAUAAAUACAGAGAGAGAGAGAGAGAGAUUUUGCUUGGUUUUAAUUAUGUUCUUAAAUUUGUGUGCCAAUAAUUGCAUAUAGAUUUUUUUUUUUAGAUAUUUGACUGUGGAACAUGACAUUUUAAAUAUGUUGUAAGGACUGUUUUAAUAAAAAGUUUAAUAUGAA